AUGAUGAAGGUCAUCCUCACAGGUUCAACGGGCUUCGUCGGCCGCGAAGUCUUAUCCCAAUGUCUUGCACAUCCUGCGAUCACCUCGAUCGUAGCACUCAGCCGGCGAGACCUACCAGCACACAAAAAGCUUAAAGUCGCAUUGAUUGAGGAUUUCAUGACCUAUCCUGACUCCAUCCGGGAUGACAUUCGAGAUGCCGAGGCAUGUAUCUGGACAUUAGGCAAGGCCCACAUACCUGAUAAUGACAUCGCUCGACGAGUGAGCUUGGACUUUACUUUUGCCGCAGCGCAAGUCUUUCAGGAGACGUGCCAGAAACCGUUCCGGUUCAUAUACUGUAGCGGUGCUGCCGCCGAGAGGGAUCAGACUAGACCGCUCUGGUUUAUGCAGGGGUAUCGGCGCAUUCGGGGCCAAGUCGAGAAUGGACUUUUGGGAUUUGACAAUGAUCACCCUGGUUUCGAGGCUCAUAUCAUGCGGCCGGCUAUGGUGUUAGCGCAAGGGUCAAGGUUGCCAAAGAUUCAAAGAAUCAAAUUAGUUAUGCCGAUCCCUUCCUUACCCCUCUUCGUUGCAGCGGAGCAACAUGCACGCCAGAAUCCCGAGAAGAUCGCAGUCAUUGACACCACCAAACAACAAUCCUUCACAUUCGUUCAAUUGCUGGCCGAUGCAGCAGCAUUAAGAAAGCGCAUACUUGAGCAAUUGGGAUUGACGGCGGAUUUGGAGGAACGGCGCAUUGCCUUCUUAGUCCCGAAUGGAUAUGACUACGUUGCUACGCAAUGGGCCGUGUGGGCGGCAGGAGGUGUAUGCGUUCCACUUUGCACAAGUCAUCCAGUGAAGGAACUACUAUACACCGUCGGUGAUUCGGACCCCUCAUUGAUUAUUGUGCAUCCGGAAUUCGAGAAGAUCGCACCGUCGCUGCGCAAAGGAUGCGCCACCGAUAUACCAUUCAUUGGUCUGGAACCGUUCUCUCGAAAUGAGGCCCCGACCUUACCUUCUUUCUCCCCGCCGUUUACGCUCACUCGCCGCGCCCUGAUGAUAUACACCUCCGGAACCACAUCAAACCCCAAGGGCUGCGUGACAACACACGAGAACAUCACUUUCCAAGCGAGCUGUCUGGUCAAGGCCUGGAAGUACACUUCCUUAGACCGUCUGAUUCAUGUGCUGCCACUCCACCACGUCCACGGGAUCAUCAAUGGCCUGGCUGCCAGUUUCCUGAGUGGUACCACCGUGGAGAUGCAUCCGAAGUUUGAUCCGAAGGUGAUCUGGGAGCGGUGGCAGGACCACGGUUCCUCGACCUUGUUCAUGGCUGUACCGACCAUUUACUCGCGUCUGAAUGACUACUUCGAUGCUCAUAUCCGCGGCACAGAACAAGAAGAUGCCGCACGGGCUGGAGCUCGUGCUCUACGACUGGUCGUCAGUGGAUCUGCGGCCCUCCCCACCCCCAUCAAAGAAAAAUUCGCCGAAAUCACCGGUCAGGUUCUAUUGGAGCGGUAUGGAAUGACCGAGAUCGGUAUGGCGAUCAGUUGCGGGCUAGAGAUUGAAAAGCGAAUCGAUGGCAGUGUUGGGUGGCCGUUGCCCGGCGUCGAAGUGCGACUGACCGAAAAGGAAACCGGUCGGGUCGUGGAUGAAGUAGAUGAGGAUGGUAUGAUCGAGAUCAAGGGCGGCAAUGUCUUCUGCGAGUACUGGCGAAAACCGGAGGCGACGGCGUCAGAAUUUACAGCGGAUGGAUGGUUCAAGACCGGCGAUGUUGCCAAACGCGAUUCAAGCGGUGCAUACUUCAUCCAAGGUCGUGCCUCUGUCGAUCUAAUCAAAUCCGGUGGAUAUAAAAUUUCGGCAUUGGAAGUUGAACGCAAGAUGUUGGCCAUUCAUGCGAUUCAAGAAGUUGCAGUAGUUGGAUUGGCUGAUCAAGAAUGGGGCCAGCGAGUUGCUGCGGUUGUCAAGUUCCGAGAAGGGACUACACCGCUGGAACUUCCUACGCUACGCGCUGAGCUCAAGAACGAGAUGGCUCCUUACAAGAUCCCAACUGUUCUAAAAGUCGUGGAUGGAAUCGAGCGCAAUGCUAUGGGGAAGGUUAAUAAGAAGGUCAUUGUACAAAGGUACUGGCCGGAUAAGAUUCUUCUGUGGGUCACCAUGACUACUUCAGAAAAGCACGAUGUGCCCACUGGCAACGAGAGUGACGCCAGUGGUUCUUCAAGUUUUAAGGGCAUCAAUGAGAAGGCUUUGUUACGGAAAUUGGACUAUCGUCUUUUGCCACCCCUAACAUUACUCUAUUUACUCUCCUUUUUGGAUCGUAGCAAUGUGGGAAAUGCUCGUCUAGAAGGAAUGACGGAAGACAUCAAUAUGUUACAGAAUUACCCUGGAUAUCUUUCUUCACGGUUCUUCCUGGGCGUUGCAGAGAGUGGAUUAUUUCCCGGUGUCGUAUUUUACCUGUCCAUGUGGUAUAAGCGGAACGAGCAACAUUAUCGCGUGGCUCUGUUUUUCAGUGCUGCCUCGCUGGCGGGUGCCUUUGGUGGUGUCCUAGCUUGGGAAGGGCUGUUGACCAUUGUCGUCUCGAUCAUCGCCUAUUUAUGGGUGUAUAACUACCCAUCAACAGCCGAAUUUCUAUCAAAGGAAGAACGGGAGUUUGUCCAAUUCCGUCUGAAGAAUGACAGUGAUGCCACUCGGGAUGAGGAAUUCACCUGGUCGGCAGUACUGGAUGCAUUCAAAGACCCCAAAGUCUGGCUGUAUGGACUUGGUUUCCACACGAUGUCCUUGCCACUGUAUACCUUAUCGCUCUUCCUUCCGACAAUCAUCAAAGAACUCGGAUACUCAGCCGCAAAGGCCCAGCUGCUUUCUGUGCCCCCGUACGCAGUGGCAUUCUUCCUGACAAUUGGGGUUGCCAUUGCUUCUGAAAAGACACGCAGCCGUGCUCCGUUUAUCAUGGGAUCAUCCGCCAUUGGAUGUAUCGGAUACAUUCUCCUACUAUCACAGCAUCGUGCGGGCGUAUCCUAUGUUGGAACCAUCUUUGCUGCGGCAGGGAUCUACCCAGCUGUGGCUAUUGUGCUGUCCUGGCCCGCCAAUAAUGUGUCUGGACAGACCAAACGUUGCAUUGCCAACGCCAUGCAGAUCUCAAUUGGUAAUCUAGGUGCGGUCCUUGGAACACAGCUAUACCGCACCGAGACUGCCCCGCGGUACUUCCUGGGUCAUGGAUUUGCCUUGGGAUAUCUGGUUGCCAACAUGGUGGUAGUUGGGAUCCUAUGGCAAGUGCUCCGACGGGAGAACGUUGAAAAGGAGCGUCUUAGGGAAGUCCAGGGACUGAGUCCGUUAAUGGGAGACGUGGGUGAUGCGGAGGGAGAAUUCCAAGGGGACAAGGAUCCUCGUUGGGUGUUUCAAACUUGA